AUGAGCGAGAUUGGUAAAGCAAGACUUAUGGAAGAGAGAAAGAACUGGAGGAAGGAACAUCCCUUCAGAUUUGUGGCUAAGCCAUCCAGAGACAGUAAGUCAGGUGUAUUCGACUUGUUUAACUGGGAGUGCAAGAUACCUGGCAAGGAAGGGACGCUUUGGGAAGGAGGGAUUUUUAGAAUGGUGAUGCAGUUCCCAGAAGAGUACCCAAACAAGCCUCCCAAGUGUGUGUUCAAGCCAUGCCUAUUCCAUCCAAACAUUUAUCCUUCAGGAACCGUUUGCUUGAGCAUUUUAAGUGAGGAUGAAGAUUGGAAGCCUUCAUUGUCUGUUUCUCAGAUUUUACUAGGAAUUCAAGAUCUUCUUGGCAACCCCAACCCAAACUCCCCAGCCCAGCAUGAUCCCUUUGCUUUGUACAAGGACAAUAGGAAGAAGUAUAACCUAAAGGUGAGGGAGUUUGUCAGGAUGUAUGGCAAAAACUAG